AUGCAUAAUACAUCAGCAUUUGCGAAAUUAGGACUGAUUCGAGGAUGUUGUUUAGUGGCAAAAGGACUCUACGAUUUUAGAAAAGAUGAUAUGCUCGUUGCCAACAAGAAAUUUGUAAAGUACUUUUUCGACCAAAUUAAUAUAGGUUCAAUAAUGGCUCCUUGCUCGUUCUCAGUGAAAGAAAAUAAUUGCUUCAUUGGAGGAGGGCAUCCACGAGGGUGGGAAAGGGUAUCCACGAGGGUGGGAAAGGGCAUCCACGAGGGUGGGAAAGGGCAUCCACGAGACAUCUACGAGGGCGGGAAAGGGCAUCUACGAGGGCGGGAAAGGGUAUCCACGAGGGUGGGAAAGGGCAUCCACGAGGGUGGGAAAGGGUAUCCACGAGGGCGGGAAAGGGCAUCCACGAGGGCGGGAAAGGGCAUCUACGAGGGCGGGAAAGGGCAUUUAUGA